AUGAGCGUUCUGGCGCCACCACCGUCUCCUUCGCCUUCGUCGUGCUUUGAUGCUAUGCUCUCCGACUCUGACAUCAACAUUGAUCGAAAGAUGGCCUCCAACAGCCUAAAGCGCAAGGCGUCCACCGGCACCAACCCACACUCGUCGCAUGGAAACGCCUCGUCCAGCGAUGCCGAGAAUCGUCCCAUCCUAUCAUCGAUUGCUGAUCGAAGCCGCACCAAGGUUGGCGUGCAGGACAAGCAGCGGAAUUCUGCGACAACGUCUAGGUCGUUGUCUGUGUCACCGAGCCCAGCUGCAAAGAAGCUCAAGCUCAGUAGCGCAACUCCCUUGGUCGAACUCAAGAACGGCAGACUCGUGCUCAAGCAAAAGGCGGUCAACUGGGCCGGCAUGAUGCCUGUCAUGAAGGCCGUCAUUGCUUUUCAGGAAUAUCUCGAUGGUCAGGAGAGCCUUGACGAAAUCCCUGUCGAGCAUCUUCACGUGAUCGCGAAGCUAGCUCACGAAAGUGAAAAGUCAUUAGUCGAGCUUGCCAAGACGAUCCGCAGUAGACUGGCACCCGAAACCGAACUCGGCUCGAGCGAUUCCGAGAUAUCUUCUUCUGCUUCGACAGCCUUCAAGGGAAAGCUCUCGCUAUCUGCCAUUCAAUCAGCGAUCGGUACUGUGGCAGAAAGAAGAAACUACGGUAUUGACAUGAGCGACAUUCCAAGCCACUCUUCCACCAGCACAUCCCACGACACACCUGCUGUCCCCGCUGCUCUACAGCUGUGGCGAUGGGAGGUCAUCGAUGAUUCUAUGCUGCCAGAAGACUUCUUAACCAAGCUCUCACAGCGCCGAAGCGACCGCGAAGCUGCACACACGCAGGCACAGCAGCUCUUUGCGAACCUCAAACAAGAAGAGAGACAAGCCUUGCUUGACAAGUCUUCUAAAUCCAGAAUCUCGGCCACUGUGGCGAUUGACAAACCUUGCUCCUCAACUUCGACCCCUUCGAAGUCCAAGGCCAAAGCCAGCAUCACAGCAGCCAGAUCCACAUCAACAGAGCCUAUCACGAUCGAGGAUGAACUCGAUGAUGGCUCUGUUGCCGACAACGAGCAUGAUCGCGAAUCCCUGUCGACACCGAUUGCUUUGCACAAGCGCAAAUCCUCUUCGUCAGCAUCCACACCGCAACCUACAGCGAAGCGCCCUGCGGCUGGCGGCGAGGCAUCGACGCCUUCCGCGUCAUCUUCGCCCAAGGAAAAGCGCAAGGCCAAGGAGUCAAUGGAGCUUUCGCCCGAAAAGCAAAAGGAGAAGGACGAGAAAGAGGCCGCCAAGGCUGAGCGGCUGAAGGCCAAGGAGGCCAAGCGUCUCGAACGUGAGACUAAGGAGCUCGAGAAGCAAAAGGCCAAAGAAGCAAAGGAGGCUGAGCUCAAGAAGGCUGAGGAGCAAAAGAAGCGUCAAGCCAAUUUCUUUACGUCGUUCGUCAAGAAGGUCGUGCCUAAGAGCCCGACGAAGUCGACCGUCGGCGCUGCUAUUGCCUUGGGCAGUGUCGCGGCUGGCCACGCAGCCGGUGGAACUGUCUCGGACUUUGAGCGUACCUUCCUGCCUUGCCAGUACAAGGAUCUUGCGCCGAUCAAUCGCUUUGCCCGGCCUGCGGGAACUGUCAAGGAGCCACAGAUGGGCCAAGAAGCGCUAACGCGCGAGGAGAUGCUCUCACAGUUGAUCACGCGUUCCUCUGUACUCAAAGGCUCUGCGCCUCGCCGACGAAAGGGUGUACACCCGCCCGUCUCGGUGCGCGACAUCAAACGGAUCGUCACCGAGUCGGACGUUCUCGGCGGCAAUGCACAAGAGCAAGCGGAAAAGGCACUCGAAGCUCUACAAGACCGUAACAAGGUGCAGCUCAAGCUGCUGCAAUUCGAGUCGGAUCGUCGGCCAGGAUGGUACGGUACGUGGACCAAGUCGACGAAUCUGAUCGGCCCGCGGUGUCCGCUGGGCCAAGACCCGGUCUCAUUGGACUACUCGUACGACUCGGACGCGGACUGGGAAGAGAUGGGCCAAGUCGAGGGUGAAGAUGUGCAGGAUGGCGAGGAGAAGGAGGACGACAGUGUUGUGGACGAAGAUGAAGAUUCUGAGAUGGACGAUUGGCUUGUCGACGAUCUUGAGGUGGAAGAGGAGGAGGAACAGCAACGACUGGCGGCUAUGGACGUUGAUGAUGACGAUGUCAUCGAGAUUGACGCCAAGGGGUUGCCAGUGCCGCCCGUUCAACUCGCCGCAACCACCAACUUGCUGCAUCCCAAGAAGAAGAAGAAAGUCAAGCUUCUAGGCAGGCGAUUCGAUGCCAAGCUCGUGCCGUUCUCCGCUGGCCCGCAUUGGGAAGGCGAAUUGGGCAGGUGCGACUACGAGCUCUUUUCGUCGUACCGCAUCGAGUUUCUCAACGACGCGUGCUUCGGGCUGAACCCUUUUACUUUUACUUGUGCGGAGCCGAUGGGUUUCUCUGCAGAGGACGCUGUACCGCCGGCGGCGAUGGACACGGACAGUGUCCGCAGGGCUGCCCUGCCAGCGGGCGGAGUGCUGGCCGCGCUGUGGGGGGAAGCCAACCCUGAAUCAACGCCUGCUCUUCGCGCCAAAGAUUCGAGCAGCUUCAAACACCAGCUGCGAGAAGACGCUAUCCCGGCACUCCUGAAAUGCAUCGACGGCAGCACGAAGACUCGCGCAGGUCUCGUCGACGAUAUCAAAGAACGUCUAGACCAACUCGGCAAAUCAGCAAGUAAGAACGCUAUCGCUGAAAGAAUCUCGGCCUACGCCAAGAAGGAGAAAAAGCCCAAUUCGCCCUGGAUCGUCAAGGAUGACUGGAGGAGUAGCAUGGCAUGA